UCAUCCCCUCCUUUCUUCCCUCAUCCCCUCCUCCUUCUUCAUCUUCUUCCUCUGUCAUAUUAAUGGAUUCUUUAAUGGAUUAAUAGGGAAGACAAGAGCUCAGAAAAGAAAGAGUACUUAAGCUCGGAUUAAAAAACAGAAGAAAAUGAGAGAAGAAAUGUAUGGCUAUGCAAAGCUCCUAAGGUUCUUCCUCCGCAUCUUGUCGUGCUUCCUCUGCAUUGGUCUAAUUGUCUCCAUGGUAGGAGAAGGCGGCGGCGGCGGCGGAGGCUUCGCUCCGGCGCCAACUUUGGCUCCGGCGAUGUUGAAGGAGAGGGAAAUGAGUAAUGGUAGAAACGCAAUGGCGAAGCUUGUUUAUGUGAGCAAGAGGAGAGUGCCUAAUGGUCCUGAUCCCAUUCAUAACAGGAGAGCAGGGGAUUCAGGGAGGUCGCCCAGAGGAGCAUAGGGGGUGGGUGGUGGUGGUGGGGGGACGGUGGAAGCG